GCGCGCGCGCGUGCGUGCGGGGGGCUCCUCUCUGGACGAAUCCGUUCCGUGUUGCGCGUUCGAGUCCGCCUCUCCGCGCCCCUGCUUCCCAUUGACGCACUUUUUAAGCGUCUUCCCCUUCUCCACCUUAAGGCGAGCAGCAGCGGCAGCGACCAAUCACCAUGCCAUUACAGCCUUCAGAGGAAGCUGUUUAUGGGACUGCAGCGCUAAUUAGGCUCAUGAACUAACAAAUCUGCCUGCACGAACCCGGCGAGGAAAACGAUCACAUCCAUGGAUUAGUCUGGGAGUAGCCGAGCACUUUUUAUUUUGGCUUUCUCGACACUGCCGCCUUUCUCAACUUAUUUACUGCGCAGAAACUUUCCCCCUUUCUUGGGUGUGGAGUAUUUUUUAAGCGAGAGCGCCUACGACAACUUUAACUUAAACUGGGGAAUCUGGACUAUCAGACAAUGUUUCAACCUACACCCAAGAGGUGUUUUACGAUAGAGUCUUUGGUGGCGAAGGAUAAUCCUGUACCGGCGUCCCGUUCCGAGGAGCCCAUCAGGCCAGCGGCGCUCAGCUAUGCAAACUCCGGCCAGAUGAACCCCUUUCUCAACGGCUUUCACUCCGGCGGCAGGGGCGUCUACUCUAACCCGGACUUGGUGUUUGCCGAGGCGGUCUCUCAUCCGCAAAACUCCGUCCCUGUGCAUCCUGUGGCACCGCCGCACGCUUUGGCCGCUCAUCCGCUUUCAUCCUCACACAGUCCGCACCCUCUUUUUGCCAGCCAGCAAAGGGACCCCUCAACUUUCUACCCCUGGUUAUUACACAGAUAUAGGUACUUGGGCCACAGAUUUCAAGGUAAUGAAACGAGUCCAGAGAGCUUCCUAUUGCACAACGCGCUGGCCAGAAAGCCCAAAAGAAUCCGGACAGCUUUUUCACCUUCGCAACUCCUGCGGCUCGAACACGCGUUUGAGAAAAACCAUUACGUGGUGGGAGCAGAAAGAAAACAGCUCGCCCACAGCCUUAGCCUCACAGAAACUCAGGUAAAAGUGUGGUUUCAGAACCGGAGGACGAAGUUCAAGCGACAGAAGUUGGAGGAGGAGGGCUCCGAGUCUCAGCAGAAGAAGAAAGGAUCGCAUCACAUAAACCGAUGGAGACUGGCGACUAAACAGUCGAGCCCGGAGGAAAUUGAUGUCACGUCGGACGAUUAAAAAAAAGACUAUAUAAACGUCCGAGUGAAGGGGGACAUGGAUAAAGGAUGCCGUGUAGAGACAGUGAGAGGGUAAAAGGCCAAUGUCACAUUUCAGAUCUCCGGAGAUCGGCAGCUGAGGGUGAGAGAAACCCGACUGGUGGCACUGCUGUCACCAUGUGGGUCUGUCAAUCCAAAUGACCCAGGAAAAUGUGACUGACAGUGUCUCAGUCCACCUACCUGAACCCUUCCACGCACCAACCACCACCACUACAAUCUCCCAUCUACCGUCACCUAUUUUUUUCUCUCCAAUUCAUAUUGGACGUUUGCACUUCAGAAGGUUUUUAAAAAAACAAACAAAAACGUUUCCACUCAAGAUACCAAAACACCAAACUGCUUUUGUAAAACUUGAAUUGCAUGGUAUAGUCCCCCCCCCCUCCCUCCCCCGUAGUUGUUUUAAUUUGACAACUUUUCUCAAACCAAGAAAAAAAAAUUGUUUUUAACUCUAUUUUCAAACUGAGAGAUGUCGUGCUUCUUCCUUUUUACAAAGUGUGCAGUCUUUAAUUAAUGAUUCUCGUGUAAAAGUGAUUGUGAAAACAUAUGAAGUAGCGGUGCUGCGUUAUAGUGUUUUUUUUUAAAGAAAAGACAACAACAAUUUUUUUAUUUCGAUUUAAAAAAAAAACCUUUCUAAAAAGUGAAUCAGACCACAGAUUAAGUACAUAAAGGAAAGGUAUCAGGACAUUCCUUUAACCUAAAGCUUUACCAAUGUGUCGCUGUGGCCCCAUGCAGCCUUCUGUCAGGACUUGACCCUCCAGUGAAAGUUGCCACGAAGGACUAAACGCAAGAAUUGAGAGGAAAAAAAAACUUCAAGCACUGAGCGUAUUCCAUGUACAGAAAUGCUAAAAGUUAAUGUUUCUGUUAAACCCUCUUUUACAGAAUGUAAAUAAUUUUUGUGUUUGUGUUAAGUUUGCUACAAUUUUAACACAAAGUAUACUUCCAAGAAGUAUGUAA